AUGUCACAAAUAACUAUGUUAAACGUUGACGAUACUUCAUCAUCUACUUCUUCUUGUGCAACACCAACUCGUACAUUAUCUUCAACAACAUCAGUUUAUUCAACAUCAUCUAUUCGACAUGCAUUAAUUAAAGAUAAUGAAAAUUUUGAAGUUAUUUGUAAUAAAAGGAAGCGAGUAACGGCAUCUUGCUGGAAUACGUUCGGUUUCCCUGCAAAAGUUAAGAAUGGCGAAGUAAAAACAUAUGAAGUUAUACCUGGUUUUGUUUCAUGCAAAAUAUGUUUUGAUACAUACAAAUAUAUAGAUUCUAGCACAGCUAAUUUAUAUGGUCAUCGUUGUCAUCGAAAUGAAUCAUCUGAUCAAACUAGUAUUAGUUCAUUUAUUCUUUCUCCUCGAUCAGGAAAUCAUUUUUCUAAAAAUCAAACAAAAAAAAAGGAGGAUAUCAAAAAAUUAUGCACAAGAUGGGUUGCUGGUUCGAUGCGUUCAUUUCGAAUCGUUGACGAUCCUGGUUUUAAACGUAUUAUACAAGAAUGUUUAGAUAUAGGAAAAGAAUGUCGUGGUGAAUUAAAUCUGGCAGCGGAAGAUCUUCUUCCAAGUGAUCGUACUGUAAAAAAUGAACUUCGAAAAUUGGCUUAUGAUAUGAGAAAUAAGCUCAAAUGUGUAUUGUUAGAAGCAGUAGCAAAUACAGCUUUAACAAUUAGUCCAGACAAUUGGACCGACAAAUAUCGUGGCAUUAAUUACAUGGGAGUAACUGCACAUUUUGUUGACGAAAAUUUAAAUUAUUAUGCAAUAGAUCUUUUUUGUGUUGAGAUCAUGGAUGUUAAAAAAACAGCCGAAAAUAUAUAUCGAUUAAUGGAAAGUCAACUUGCUCAAUUUUGUCUUGAUCAAUACAUGGACAGCAUUACUUUUGUUACCGAUCGUGGAAGCAACUUCAUAAAGGCUUUUCGAUUAAACAAAGUUUUGUUUUGUGUGGCACAUAGAUUAAAUAAUAUUUUAAAAAGAUGUUUUUAUCAAAUUCCAAUGAAAAACAAAAAAAAUAAAUCAUUAAAUACUUCUGUUAGAUCAAAUACGACUAUCACUGAAAUUCAAGAGACACCAAAAAAGAAAAAAAAAAGGUGUAUAGUUAAUCUUCAACCAUCACCAGAAAUUGGAGAUUUUACGGAAGGCAUUUGUGAAGAUGAAUCAGAUGAUCAAGAUGAAGAUGAUGAUGGUGAUAGUUGUGGUUAUGAUGACAAUGGUGAUUUUGACGAUAAUCAUGAUUAUAAAGAUUUAACUAUUAAUCAAUUACCAAAUAACAAAACUGUUCUUAUUGAAUUACAAAAAACAAAUGCUCCAUCUCUCUUUCUUGUUCUUCCAUGCAUUACCCAUCUUCGGAAUGAAUUAUCAAAUGGUGAUCGUAAAGAAAGAUCGGGCAUGAAAUUCUUUUACAAACGAGCAUUGCAGUUAUUAUCCAGUAUGUUUAAUAUGGAUGAAGAUUAUAUUAUUGGAGCUUUUCUACAUCCUAAUUAUAAACAACUUAGAGGUGCAAGUAGUACUCAAAUUGCUGAUUGUUAUACAGCAUGUCGUCUCUUUAUCGGACCUUGUCAAUCAAGUACUGAAACAAAUGAAAUAAUUUACGAACCACAAGAAAAAAAAGCAAAAAUAUUUAUGUCAACAUUAAUGGAUAAACAAAAAAAACAACAAUCUACAUCGGAUGAAGUUGAUCGUUAUAUAUCUUUAGUACUUGAUGAAGGUGAACAAUAUGAAAAUCCUUUAGACUUUUGGAAGAAAAGAGAAAAUCAAGUGACAUUUCCCAAUCUCUCUCAAAUGGCUAGAAAAUAUUUUUCAAUUCCAUGCAGCUCAUCGGCUGUGGAAAGACAAUUUAGUGCGACAGGUCAAAUUAUUACUCAACGACGAAGCAGCCUUGAUCCAUCAACAGUCAAUGAUAUUAUUUUUCUUCGUUCGAUCGAAAAUAAAUUUUCUUAA